GAACUCCAGGAUCUGAAACCAACCAUACAGCACAGUAUUUUUCUACCUUUUCUUUUCCCCAGAGGAGAUUCUUGUCCUGUCAUUUUAUUGACAGACGUGCUAUUACAGGCUCUUUUCGCAGAAGUUGACUGAAGAAGCUCAAGCGCUGCUGAUUCUUCCCUCCCAAGUCCAGUGGCUCCCCUGGUAAUGGAUUGCUUUUCUCAGAGCUUCCACCCUGGAGAGAACCCCCAGGUCUAGUCUGUGAACCCAGCUAGGAAACAUCACUAGUAAAAAUGACUGAAGAGCCCAUAAAGGAGAUCCUGGGAACCCCAACGUCUUCCAAGCCUGUGACAAUGGAGAAGAGCCCCAACAGCGAAGUGGUGGUCACCACGGUCCCCUUGGUCAGUGAGAUUCAGUUGACGGCUGCUACAGGGGGUGCUGAGCUCUCCUGUUACCGCUGCAUCAUCCCCUUCGCCGUGGUGGUCCUCAUCGCUGGAAUAGUGGUCACUGCUGUGGCUUACAGCUUCAAUUCCCACGGCUCCAUCAUCUCCAUCUUGGGUCUGGUCCUCCUGUCAUCUGGACUUUUUUUGUUAGCUUCCAGUGCCCUGUGCUGGAAGGUGAGGCAGAGGAGCAAGAAAGCCAAGAGACGGGAGAGUCAGACAGCUCUUGUGGCGAAUCAGAGAAGCUUGUUUGCUUAGGACUGAAUCCCCAAUGGGAUAUGUGGCCUGAAAACUUUCUCUCAAUGUGUCAUCCAAUUCACCCAGAACUAGAGUGGGAGACAAUGAACGGUGCAGUGGGAGAGAAUGAACGGUGCAGUGGGAGAGAAUGAACAGUGCAGUGGGAGAGAGUGAACGGUGCAGUGGGAGAGAGUGAACGGUGCAUUGGGAGAGAAUGAAUGGUGCAUUGCGGCAGACCAGAGGGAUGGGGGUGAAUUGAGUGUGGGAGGGUAGAGGGGGUUCUGUUUUAUGAAGAACCUACUUGUGUCUUCUUUAAUGACAAACUUAACUCUAAGGGCUAUUUCUGAGACUGAAAAAUCAGCUUUUUCUCUAUAUUAGACAUUUGAGGGGUCAUGAGAGGUGCACAGCAUUAGACAAUGUUCAGUUCACCUUGGAAAGUAGCCAAGGAAAGAUGAGAAAAUAGAUAGUUCUGGCACACCAGUGACCUGCCUCAAAAAAAAAAAAAAAAAAGAAAGAAAGAAAGAAAAAGAAAAACCCACACUUUAAAGAAGAUGUAUCAUAAAAAUAUAUUCUGCUAAGGGUCUAAAUCACCUCAGACUUUUCAUCCUUCUAUGAAAUUCUGUGAUAAUUUUUUUAAUAAGCUGAUUCUCUGGCCUCUAUUUUUUUUUUUUUGCUUUCAAUAACUCAUCACUGGUGGUACUUUUUCUUAAAGAAUAAACUAAUAUUUUUUAUGUUUUAACAUUGGACAGUUUUAGAUGAUUUUAAUGAGUCAGAAGUUAAAAGGUAAAAGAUGUAGCUACUAAAUGACAUGGGGGGUUAAAUUAAUAUUAAAAUAAUCCAACCUAGCACUUUUGAUGAUUUUUAUAUAAAGUUUAAUGUACAUUUCAUUCAAAAUAAUAAAUACUUAUUGCUGCU